GAGUGUAUGAGCGUCAAGUACGUUCUAGUAAGUUCUAUAUGUGUUAGCUGUAAACACAUGAAAUAGUAUAAAUACGGUGCCGCAUCGCACCGAUCGUCAGUUCAAUUCAAAGCAUUACAAAGUUAAAAACUACAACAAGCACCAUAUAAACAACAAUCGUUAAACGUUAACAUCAAGUUACAAGAAAUUUUCAAGUGAUUGUUUGCGAAUUUUUGUGAAAUAAAUAAAAAGUAUAAAAGAAAGUAAAAAUGUCACUUUUGCCAUACAUUUUGGACGAAUUUUACCCAUCCAGCUACCAUCGUUUUGGAUCGGGUUUUUUUCAACCAAGUGAAUUGUGUAUUUCACCAUUCGAACGCUCGUUGAUUCGUUCUCUUAACAACACCGGCAAUUAUUUGAGAUCGCAAUUGUCGCAUUUGGACGAACUCGAGAAACAAUCGCACAUUGGCAAGGACGGUUUUCAAGUUUGCCUCGAUGUUCAACACUUCUUACCGAACGAGAUCUCGGUGAAAACGGAAAACAAUUCAAUUGUGGUUCAUGCCAAGCAUGAAGAGAAGAAGGACAACCAUGGUUACAUUUCACGCGAAUUCACUCGACGAUACGAUCUACCGAAGGGAUUCAAAACCGAAGAUGUAACAUCAAGCCUAUCAUCCGAUGGCAUUCUCUCACUUCAAUGUCCACACACUCCGGCCGUCGAAGGAUCAAACGUGCGCCAAGUUCAAAUUCAACAAACGGGACCCGCAAAACAAUGCAUCAAGAAGAACGAGGAGGAAGAAGAAGAACCAAAAGCACAUCUAUGAAUUCUGAUUAUAUUAAGAUCUCUACUAUAUAAUGAAAUUUAAAUUAAUUUUUAAAGAAACAUUGUCAUUUUAAUUUUAAGAAAGUCAAAUAAAUCACAUUUUUCUUAAAACCAAAAA